AUGAAGUCGGCUGGCAGCUCUGAAGACGUCGUUCGGGUGACCGAAGACUUGUCCGAGUGUCGGAAUCGGUUGGAUGCUGGAAUUGAGGAGAAUCGGAGGAAUCGACAGGUUAUUCAGGAUAUUAAUGAUCAGCUCCAACGUUUCCGUCAACGUGCCAACGCAGAAUCCCUUGAAUCCUUCAACACGCCGAGUCCAGAUGUCGCUCUUUUGGCGAAUCCUGGCCUAACCCAUCUGCAUAAUCAAACUAACAUUUCUAUGCCAUCACUGACCAUCGAUAUACCAUUGAACUCAUCCGCUCUUAUUCAUUCCUCUCGGACCCCCAACUACGCUAUGAGUAGCCUAAGGAAUCGUCAUAAGUCUCUAGGCGGCAAUCGAUAUCGAUCGAUAAGUCCCCUUGGAGAUUACGGUAGACAUAGAAGUAGUCCCCGGGUGUUGGCUCAUUACAAUUUGGAUGGUGCAGAGUUUGGAGGCGAGGAGAAUAUGGAUGAGAUAUUCACCAAGUUGAAGGAAGAGUUGUUUCGAAAUAACACGUUGGAAGAGGUUAAUGAGAUGCUCCGUGAGGAGAAUGACGCAGCGUUGGCGGCUAAUGAGCACCUCCGAGUGGAUGCCACGAAUCUGAGCAAGGAGUUGCAGCAGCUUCAACAGCAACAACACACCGAGUCGAUGAGGUUCCGCUCGGAGAAUACGCGCUAUCGGAAUCAAAUGGAGACGCAACACCGGAAGUUGAUCAGCUUGUGGAAGGAGUUCAGUGCUGUCAAGCGGCAGCUCCACGAAUUACGCACUACGACCGCCAACGAUUUGGACCGACAAUUGACGGAAUUCACGCGGUGCGCAACACUUAUGAGAAAAGCCAUUCGACACGCCGAGCAAAAGCACCAAGACCUAAAAGACCAGAUGAAGCGAGAAAAGGACGAUGUGCUGGACGAGACGUUGCGCCAGCUGAAUGCUGUCACCGAGAAUUAUAUGAAGGCGGAAGAAAAAUCAAACGAGCGUCAGCGUGAUUUGAAGAGAAAAGAGGAUGAGUGUCGGAAGUUGCGGGAGCACAACGACGAACUUCAGGAUACACUUGAAUCACUUUCGAAGAUGGCGAAUGAAAUGGCUGGAGGAAGAGGACAAAAAGACACACCAAUGGAUGUGGCACGUAAAAUGCGUAAACUCCUUACCAACAAAAACGGAGAAAUCGACGAAUCCCGGGAAGCAGCGAGACAAGCGGAAAAAGAAAGAGACCGUGCGAAGAAGGAUCUGGAGAAGGAAGAGAAACGAAGGAAAGAUGACCGGGAAGCAGAGAGAAAACGAUCGAGUGUCUAUUCGCAGAGAGAGCAUGACUUGAAGAAAUUAGAGGAUGAUUUGAGGAAGGCUUCUGAAAAGAUACGGAAUCUCGAGGAGCAACGAGAGAGUCAGGAGAAAUUGACGACGUCCGUUCAGAACUCGUUGAAUGAGGCACAUCGACAGCAUAAGACUUUCAUUGAGGAGUUGAUGAUCAGGCAUAGGGAGGAGUUGAAGGAACGCGAAGACACCCAUGAUGAAAUCCUCCGAGCCCGCGAAACCGAGGAGAAAUCUCGUUUCGAAAAAGACAGAGCGGAACGUGAAAAGUUCCGGAAAGAGAGUGACGAGCUCCGAGAAACUCAACGUAAUCUGAAAGGAGACGUCGCUGCGAUGAAGACGGACCUCGACGACAAAACCCUCCGAUUGGAUAUGGUAGAGACGGAACGGGAUGAGCUUCGGAAGAAAUUGGAUUCAGAAAGAGCACAAGCUGAUCAGAGGGAUCUAGAGAUUUCAGAGUGUCGGACGAAGCUUGAUGAGAUGCAGGAGAAGGAGGCGGAGCUUAGAAGAGAGCUGGCUGAAUGUCAGGCGACGAUAACUGCUAUGGAGGGAGAGGGGAAGUUGAGUGAGGAGCAAUUCCUGGAGAGUAAGAAUGAAAUGUCGACGUUGGCUGAGCAGUUGGAGGGGUUGAAUAACGAGUUGGAAUCUAAGAAUGAGGAGAUUCGGAAUCUGCAGGCAUCGAUUCAAGAGAAGGAGGUGCAUAUUCAGAAUGUGAGGACUUCCAGCCAUCAGUUGACUGCCACGUAUGAAGAGGCAAAUGGGGAGAUUGAGAUUCUAAAAGGAGAACUCUCUCGGCUUCACGAGCAGCUUAACGAGAGAACACGCCAGAUCUCGGAGGCUAAUGAGAAGUUUGAUGAUGCAGUCAGGAAGAAUGAUGCGUUGGCAGAAGACUCCGCGUCGUGGCAGGAAAAGUGUGAAGUGUUGAAGAACGAGUUGGACGAGUUGAGGAAGCGAGGUGUGGAUAAGGAACGUGAGGAGGCGGAGCUUCGAGGACUACUUGAUGAUUUGAGAGUGAAUUUUGAUAAGUUGACGAAUGAACUGAAGCAGAAGGGAGUAACGGUGGAUGGGCUAAAUGAGGAGAUUGGAUCUCUGAAGGAGCAGUUGAGCAAGUCGGAGAAGGAGCGGAAAGAGGAAUUGGCGAGGAUGGAGGAGAUGGAGAAGAAGAACGAGGAGGAGAUCAAAGAGGAGUAUGAGGCUAAACUACAAUUGGUGGAGAAGGAUAGACAAGGUGUUGAGAGAUUUGGAAAGGAAUGUGAAUCCAGGUUGAAUGAGUUGACGAAGAUUCAUGAGAUGUUGAUGGAGGAGCACGAUCAGUUGAAGUUGGAUCAUUUGCAUACGGAAGAGGAAGUGGAACGGUUGAAGGAGAAGAUGAAGAAGGAGUUGGAGAAGAUGAACGAGCAGAAUGAGGGAGAUCGACAGGAGUGGAGUAGUGAGAGGAGUAGGAUCGAAUCUUCCAAAAACGAGGCGAUCACCGAACUUCAGGAACAAAUCAUGAAACUAGAAGACUCCCUGAAAGAUAAGGAAGACAAGGAGAUCGUUCACAAACGGGAUAUCGAAGAUGGCCUAGAAAAAUCAAGAGACUUGGAAGAGAAACUUCGGAAGUUGGAACUGCAGGAUGAGGAGAAGGAGGAGGAUAGGAAGAAAGAGGUGAAGACGUUGCAUGAGGAGAAGAUGAAGUUGAUGGAACAGAAGGAGGAAGCGAUGCUUCAGAUGACUAAGCAUGCCACGGCCAUUGAUCAGCAGGUCAGAAGGAUUUCAGUUUUGGAGACUGACGUGGAAAAGUUAACGUCGGGAAUCGUGGAGAGAGAUAGCUCGAUUAGUGCCUUGGAGGCUAACACAAUGGAAUUGAUCUCCAAGUUGGAGGCGACGGAGGCGGAGCUUGAGAAGUAUAAGGAUGACGUGGCAGUGAUGUUGAAACAAAACUCUGAGUUGAAGAAUGGUAAAGAGGGAUUGAGUGAGAAGUGGAAUGAGGAGAGACGGAAGAUUCAAGAGCUCGCGGAUCAGCUCCGUGAAGCGAACAAAGUUGUGCACAGUAUCCGAAUGAAGAAUGUGAAUUUGGAGGAGAAGAAGAACGAGUUGGAGCAGAAUGUGACGGCGUUGACGAAUAAGGUGAAGUCACUGGAGAUUCAGUUGAUGGAUAAAGUGGCGAAGAAUGAGGUUUCUGGCGACUUGUUGAGGAAGAUGGAGCACGAUGCGCAAAGCAUGUUGAAGCAGGCACAGAACGAGCAGUUUAGGCUGACCGACCUCGAAAAAGUGCGAAAAGCCUUACAAGAGGAAAACCAGCGGCUCUUCAACGACUUGGCCACAGUGAAGGCUGCCUUUGAGGUGAAACGAGAGACCAGUAAAUCCGCUAUCAGUGAUAUUCUGGAAAAGUAUCGAAGUGCAGAGGAGAAGGCAAGCAAAGGGGAGCUGGAUAAUCAGAAGUUGAGAAGUGAGCUGGCGACAGUGACCCUAAAACUGGAACGACAGGAAUUGAAGGCCAAAGACGCGGAUAGCCGUCUGAAAGACAGCCAAAAACGAUAUGAGGAAAUCCAGUCGAAGCUGGCGAAUCUUCAACGAUCCGCUGUGGAAUCUCUUCAGAAUCCGAUCCCUUCAAACUCCCGCCAAAACCGUUCAAUCUACGUGGAUAUUCCACGUGCCGCGUCGAGCAUCGGUCUCAACGAGAAUUCGGAAGACGUGCCGUUCAGAAGAUCGCCGUCUGUCAGAUUUGCGGAUAGCUCUCAGAACAUGCAACGGGCGGUUGAUUCAAUGGAUGUCAGCUCGUCGGUUGGAGUGACUUUGAGAUUUUUGAAGGAGCGCAUUGAACAGUUGGAAGCGGAUAAUGCAGAGUUGUUGGAUGCUCUCGAGAAGGCGAAGGAUGAGUUGAGACAGAGGAAUGAGAAGUUAGCGGAUAGGCAGAUGGUUAUUGAGAGAGUGGAGAGACAGUUGGUGCAUAUUACGGAAGAACGCAACACAAUUGAGAACCGUAUGACGAGUCAACGUCAAAUGUACCUAACCAACGAGGAAUCCGCCAGAUCCAAAGAUCAUGAAGUGAGAAGUAUGAAAGCUAGAAUCUCGACGUUAGAGCUCCAUCUCCGAGAGAAAGAUUCGAAACUUGCACAUCUCCGGAAGGAAAUCGAGGUGUUGCAUAGUCAGCUGCAUGAUGCAAUCGAGGGAAAAGAGAAGGCGACUGGGAUGGUUGGUGUGCAGGAUUCAAGGCAUCGGGAUCUCGAGGAGCAACUCGACAGAGCAAACCGGGAACGGGAAGCAGCAGUUGGAAAGCAUCGGAGGACACUGGCAGAGAAUGAGAAUCUAUUCCGGAAGUUGGAGCAAUUGGAGAAGGAAAGAGAGCAGUUGAUGAGAGAGAUCACAGAUGAGCGAAGGCUUAAUGAUAAGAAUAGAGGGAUGCUCGAGGAGCUGAGAGCCUCGGAGCGCAAUUGGAAAUCUGCGGUGAGUACGGCGAAGAAGACUGUGGAGGAGCAGGAACGGGCGGUGCAAGAGCAACGGCGGUGGGAGGAGUCACAUCAUGAGAUGAGCACACGGAACACUGCAUUAACUAAGGAAUGUGAUCGGUUGAGAGUGGAGAUGAGGGAACAACUCAAUCGGACGAAUGGGAUCAAUUUGAGAUCUGUGGAUUUCGAGAGGAAGAACGAGGAGCUCUCCGGAAAACUUGUUGUCAUGCAGAACACUGUCUCUGCUUUGAAGAAGUUUGAAGAGGAAUGGAAACGGUUGGAAGCAGAGAUGAGGGCGGAGCUUAAAGUGUUGAGGAAGGAGAAACUCGUGCAGACGGCGGAAAUUGAGGAUUUGAAGAGGCGGAGCUUGAGGAGUGACACGGAGAAGAAGGAGAUUGAGGGGAUACGUGUCAGGUUGGAGAGGGAGAUCAGUGCGUUGAAGAGACAUGUUGAUGCGCUGGAAGAAGAAAGGGAAAAACCGAGAAAGCGAAAUUGUGCUCAACUUCAAGCUCAAAUCCAGAAUUUGGAACGAGACGCCGGAAAUCGAUCGGUGUCGAAAUUGGCGAAAGAGCACUCGCUGUUGGAGGCCAGAAUUGCGGCGUUGAUUGAGGAGAAGAGACAACUGCAAGCAAUGCUCGACCAAAAAGACGCCAACUACUCGCACAAGCGGAAACUUCUCGAGUCCCAAAUCCAGCUGCUCCGCGAGCAACUUGAAGCGGAACGUCGUAAACGUGCGAAGGGUGUCGUCGCGACGGGACCCACCGGAGGACGGCGUACCGUACAACACACGUCUGCCUUUAGGCACACCAUCGAACGACAUCGCUCACUAUCCCAAUCCAGUGAACGUCAUCACAUCCUUCAGGAGAGAUAUGCGGAAUACGUGUACUCCGGUGACCGUACUCCACAAAUUCCGAUGAUUCUUCACCAACACAACACACCGCCCAUCUCUCCGCUAUCACAUUCUGACUCUUUCAAUUCGGGUACUCUUAUCAUGUAA